AUGACAGUCUCUGACAGCUACCUGGCUGGGCCCUCUGAUACUUGCUGCCUUGGAGGAACUAUUCAUCAAGGCGAACCGAGGGGUGAAUAUGUGACGAUCUCCAACAUCCAAACCUACGUAUCAAAACCGUCCGAGACGAAGGCAAACGGACAUGUAUUACUCUACUUCCCGGACGUUUGGGGGAUGUUCAAGAAUGGCUUACUAGUUAUGGACGCCUUUGCGGAAUUCGGAUUCAUGGUGCUUGGCUUAGACUAUUUUCGGGGAGAUCCCGUGACGAAGCAUAGAACGAACAGGCACGACACUACCACGGAUCCAGAGUUUGAUUACGAGGCCUGGAAAGCGAAGCAUACAUCGUUUGCGGAAGAGGCAGUACCGCGUUGGGUCAGCGCAGUAUCAAGCCAGUACGCGGAUUCAGGCACCAAGUUCGCCUGCGUAGGGUACUGUUUCGGUGCCCCUUACGUCUGUAACGAGCUUGCAAAGGGAGGCAUCUGCAGUGUUGGUGCCUUUGGACAUCCCGCUUUCCUCAAGGAGCACCACUUUGAGAACCUGAUGAAUGAGAACAAGAAGCUAUACAAUCUUCAGCUUUUCUCUGGGGUGGAGCACGGGUUUGCGCUUCGUGGGGACAUGAACAAGCCGUAUGAAAGGUGGGUAAAGGAAGAGAGUCUACGGAGCAUAGCACAAUGGCUUAAUUUUUGGUUAGCACAGUAA